AUGGGGGAGUAUGAGGCAGCUCUGGAGUGGCAUCAGAAGUACCUGAAGAUGAGCCAAGAUCAUGGAGACAAGAAAGAACAGAUUACAGCACACGUUAAUGUAGGUAAUACAUACAGGCUACUGGGUAAACUGGACCUGGCAACAUCCCACUUCAACACAGCCUUGCAGAUAGCACAGCAGACAGGGGAUCAACAUGGACGGAUGCAUGUUUACAUUUAUAUGGGUGAGAUGCACAGGGAACAACUCCACUCCCCACAUACAGCCAUUCAGUUUUAUGAACAGGCUCUUGCACUAGCCAGGCAGUUGGGGGACAGGCAUGAGGAGGGAAUGGCUUACAACAAACUGGGAACAGCACAUUAUAAGAUGGGGGAGUAUGAGACAGCUCUGGAGUGGGUUCAGAAGCACCUGAAGAUGUGUAAAGAAAGUGGAGACAAGACUGAACAGAUAAUAGCACACAACUGCAUAGGUGCUUCCUACAAGGCACUGGGUAAAUUGGACCAGGCCAGAUCUCACUAUCAAUUAGCAAUGACCAUCGCCAUGGAAACAGAAAACAAACAGCAACAGGAGGGCAUUUCCAAGAAACUGGCUGAGCUAGACUGA